GAGAGAAACGCAGCCAGUGCGCUCGCCGGCCUUUCCCCGAGCCGGUGUCGGUUGUUGCUAUCGGCAGAGUUAAUGUGUAAUCGCGGAGCGCCCGCUGCUAGGCAGGACAGUUCAGCAGCCGAUGGCAUCUCUCUUCUUCGGCCCUUUCUAAUCUGAGGACUCGCACCGAAACAGGCCCCCUCCCCCUGCGAGGAGCCAAAGUCGGCAUGAGGGACUACGAGAAGGAGACCGCCUUCCUGGGCACCUGGGGGCCCUUCCAGCGGAUCGUGUUCUUCCUGCUCUGCGCCAGCACGGUGCCCAACGGCUUCAGCGCCUUCUCCAUCAUAUUCCUGGGGGACGCGGUGCCGCACCGCUGCCGGAUCCCCGAGGGCGCCAACCUGAGCGAGGCGUGGCGGAGAGCGGCGAUCCCCACUCGGCCGGCGGACGGCCGCGAGGAGGCGGUUCCCUGCAGGAGGUACCGUCUGGAUGCGAUCGCGAACUACUCGGCGCUUCGCUAUACCCCCGGGGUGGAGGUGAACGUCACCGAUGUGGAACUGGAGGGCUGCGUCGACGGCUGGGUGUACAGCGGCGAGAUAUACCAGUCCACCCUGGUCACUGAGUUUGACCUCGUCUGCGGAGACAACUGGAAGCAGCCCUUCACGUCAUCCAUCUACUUCAUGGGCGUGCUGUGCGGGUCCUUCUUCUCCGGGCAGAUCUCAGACCGGUUUGGAAGGAAGCCGGUCUUUUUUGUGACCAUGGCGGUGCAAACGCUCUUCACGGCGAUCCAGGUCUUCUCCCCUUCCUGGGAGGUGUUCUCCGUAAUCUUCUUCAUCGUGGGCCUGGGACAGAUAUCGAACUAUGUCGCGGCCUUCGUGCUCGGCUCGGAAAUCCUAACGGGAUCCGCGCGCGUCCUCUACUCCUCUCUAGGAGUGUGCCUGUUCUUCGCCUUCGGCUACAUGAUGCUCCCCCUCAUCGCGUUCUUCAUCAGAGACUGGAGGAUGCUCCUGGUCGCACUGUCUCUUCCUGGCCUGGCCUACAUCCCCCUCUGGUGGUUCAUCCCAGAGUCACCCCGGUGGCUCCUCUCCCAGGGAAGGGUGGAGGAAGCCGAGGCCAUCUUAAGGAUGGCUGCCAAGAGGAACCGGGUCCCAGCACCGGAGAUCAUCUUCACCACCGUGGAGGGGGAAGAAAAACAGAAAUCUACACAAGGGGAAACCUAUAGCUUUCUGGACCUUCUGAGGACCAGCAACAUCCGCAACACCACACUUAUAUUGUUUCUUGUGUGGUGGACUCUCAGCAUGGGGUACUUUGGCUUGUCCUUAAACACAUCCCAUCUCCAUGGAGACCCAUACCUCAACUGUUUCAUCUCAGCUGCUAUCGAGGUGCCAGCCUACAUUCUCAGCUGGCUGUCUCUUCAGCACUUACCCAGAAGGCUGUGCUCCGCCCUCAGUAUGCUGCUUGGUGGAGGCGUGCUUUUCUUCAUCCAGCUUGUACCACCUGACAUCCCUUCCCUCGCCAUUGGCCUGGAGAUGUUAGGGAAGUUCGGCAUGGCCACGGGGACAGCCCUGAUGUUUGCCUACACGGGCGAGGUGUACCCUACCGUUUUGAGGAACACGGCAGUGGGCUCCUGCGCCACAGUGUCUCGGGUGGGCAGCGCCAUCGCUCCCUACUUCAUCCACUUAGGCACAUACUACAAGUACCUACCCUAUAUUCUUUUGGGAAGUCUUGCUGUUGUGUCAGCGGCAACCACCAUCUUUCUUCCGGAGAGUUUCAGACGGCCGUUGCCGGAGACCAUUGAGCAGAUGCACACAUGUACCCAGAUGCAGUGUGGGUGGCUGUCCAAGAAACCUUCAACAAGGGAACAACACAGAAACAAAAUCACCCCCGGCAUUCAGCUGUAAUUACAGCAUGAGCAGUUCUCUACACUUCCAACAUUUUUUAUAUAUACACAC